CCAAGCCCCGCCUCUCUGCUCUCUUUUGACCAAUCAGCGUCGUCGGUCCUUAAAGGUGGAGUGAAGUGUUUUGUUCACUUCCGGUGAUUCAAUAAAGUUAUCUUGCGAGGCACAGACAUGGGAGCUGUUACAGAUGACGAGGUUAUUCGGAAACGUCUUCUUAUUGACGGUGAUGGGGCUGGUGAUGACCGGAAAAUCAAUCUGCUACUAAAGAGUUUCAGCAAAUGGUGCAACUCGCCUGCGACCCCGGAGGAGGGGUUCACGCAGUAUCAGAGGAUGUUGGGCACACUGGCACAGUGUGAAUUCUCCAUGGGGAAGACGUUAAUGGUUUAUGACAUGAACCUUCGGGAAAUGGAGAAUUAUGAGAAAAUCUACACUGACAUAGAACAGAACAUCACUUCUGCUCAUGAGAAGAUAACUGAAUGCAAAAAAGAAAUUCUGAGGGCCAAGAGAAUACGGAAAAAUCGGCAAGAGUACGAUGCUUUGGCAAAAGUUAUACAGCAACACCCAGACCGACAUGAAACACUGAAGCAGUUGGAGGCACUUGACAAAGAGCUCCAGCAACUGUCUCACAUCAAGGAGAAUGUAGAUGCUAAGUUGGAGUUGAGAAAGAAGCAGUUCCACGUGCUACUCAGUACAAUACAGGAACUACAGCAGACCCUUGACAAUGACGAGAAAUCAGAAAAUGACGACAACAAUCAGGGAAGCCCUGCAGGGAAUGGCGAAUAAACUUGUGGAGAAAAUGACCAAAACAAGUGAAUCACUUUUCAGUGAUUUUGGUUGUUGGGUUAGACUACUUUUUGUAUAUAUUUUUUGGAAUAAAGUUGACUUGUUCACAUUUGAGGAGUGGAAUUUCUCAACCAAA